AUGGACUCCUCACACAAAUCUGGAUCAUCUGAGGAAACCGGUACUGUCUCUGCAAAGCCAACGGUUUGUUCAAUAUGCUUUGAGUCAUUUAAAACCCCUAGACACCUUCCAUGUUCUCACAUAUUUUGCCACAACUGUUUAUCAGCCUAUAUUCUGGCCACAUGUAAUAAAAAGAAGAACCCUGUAGGAUUUCCAUGUCCACUCUGCAGAAAUUUCGCACCCGCACCAAUAUUUCCCGGAAAACCAGACAAAUGGACAGAACACUUCCCGAUCAAUAAAAUGGUCCAAGUAAUGAGUGAAAAAAGUGACAGGAUCUGUGAUGCGUGUAAACGUGAGAAUGAAGAGGAAGUAGCAAGUGAUUGGUGUAAAGCUUGCACAGAAUUACUCUGCCCCCCAUGUGCCAAAGCCCACAGGAGAAACAUCGUAAGUCGGAGUCACAAAGUAAUUUCAAUCAGUGAAUAUAAUAAAUUACUUGAGGAAGAUGAUGAUGAUGAAGUUUAUUCUUAUUGUCAGAACCAUAAGAAAAAAACAAAAUAUUUUUGUGUUGAUCAUGAAGAACCCUGUUGCACUCAGUGUGUUUGUAGAGAGCACAGAACUUGUACAAAAAUUGACACAGCGGAAGAAGCUGUUCAAAAGCUUAAAGAGUCUCAAAGUACAGAAAGCCUUCUCCUGAAUAUCCAGAAGUAUAAAAAUGCACUCAUCAAAGCUAAAACAGAGGGAGAAAACAAUAUUAAAGAUCUUGAUAAUGAAGUCGACGGAAUUACAAAGGAGUACACAAACUUAAGAGAUGAUAUUGUAACCCAUGUUGAAACUUUAUUGGAAAAAAGUUUAACACAUCUUGCAAGAGGUGCAAAGGAAAAUAGAGACAAAAUUGCUGUUAUUGUAGAUGCUUUUUCUGAUCAGCAAAUUUUGUUGGACAGGUUUUCUCAGAUUUUAAACAGUAUAAUGGAGAAAUCUCCAUCAGUUUUUAUCAAGAAAUUCUACAACAUAAAAAAGCAGUUGUCUUUUGUUAUGCAACAAGAUAUGUCUCAGCUGAAAAUAACCUUAAAGACAAGUGCAUCAGAGGAAUUGAAAAGGAUUUUAAACAUUUCAAUGUUUGCUGAUUUGAGAUUUGAAACAGAUUCUUAUAAACUUUGGCCGUGUACCAUUGAUUUGACAUGUGCUACUCUUCACAUGAUAUGUGAACUAGCUGAUUCAGAAGGUGAUAUCACUGGUGGAUGUUUCAUGCCAAAGGAAAAUAUUUAUUUAGCCGAUGCAAAAUCUAAUCGCUGUCUUCAUUUCUGCGGUGGACAACUUGUUGACAAAGUCAGUUUUCCAAGGGCACCAAGAGAUAUACUUUCUCUGAAUCAAGAAUUGAUGCUAGUAUCUUUUUGGAGAUCUCAUGAGAAUCAAAAAGGAUUAAUUGAAAAGGUCUCCAAAGAUAGUUUCCUUCAUAGACAGGAGUAUUUUAAACUUGAAAAUAGUAUAUGUGCAUUAGUUUGUUCCUCAGCAUUUAUCUAUGCUGCUUGUGUUGACUUCAUAGUGAAGUUGGAUAUUGAUGGAAACAUUGUUAGGAAAUUUGUAACUGAAACAUCAACAUUUUCUGUUGCAGUCAACAAAAACAAUGAAAUAAUCAGCUCCAGUUGUUUAUCUCACAGUGUUGUCAUUAUGAAUGAGGAGGGACAGAAGAUUUACUCAUAUAAACAUGAAAAUCUAAAGUAUCCAUAUGGCCUUGAUUUAGACUUCGCUGGAAAUAUAUUUGUCGCUGGCAAAGAUAGCAAUAACAUUCAUGCUCUGUCACCGAAAGGAGAAUUAUUAAAGAUUUUCAAUGUUAAUUCUCCAAGAUGUAUAAGAUUUAAAGAAAAUUCUUACUUGUGUUUUGUAGGAACUAACAUGGGGACUUCAAAAGUGUAUGAAUUUAAAGCACAAUCUGAUAAAUAAAUAAAGUAACAAGUUU